CUGACACACACAGCAGGAAGAGGGUGUGUGUUUGUGUGCGCAAGAAAGAGUGGGAGACCAAAUCCAGGAGGCAAAAGGAUACAGAAACAGCAAGACAAAGAGCAAGAGACAGAGCCAACGGUUUGAGUUAUUUGGACGGGCAGUUAAGGGCCUACUGUGAAAAGAUUACAAGGACCGAGUUGCGGAGUAAUGGAACUUGACUGACAGGACAACAAACCCGUCCACCUGUCCAGCACUGCCGGCCAUUGUUGGAAGAUUGAUCACUGUAUACGACUUUUAGAGGACCUUCUACACUUUCAACUUUUCAUACACUGGACAAUUUGGUGAUUGAAGAGAGCACGCAAGGAACAACCAAGAUUUCUGAGGACAAACACUUCAGCUUUGAGUAAAAUGAGUGUGGGUUUCAUAGGAGCAGGCCAGCUGGCCCACGCUCUGGUGAGAGGAUUUUCAGCUGCAGGCGUGAUUGCCACCCACAGAAUCACAGCCAGUUCCCCAGACACAGAUCUCCCCACAGUACAGGGGCUAAGGAAAUUGGGUGUCAAUUUCACAACAAGCAACAAAGAGACAGUGAGCAAGAGUGAUGUUCUCUUCCUGGCCGUGAAGCCCCACAUCAUCCCCUUUGUACUGGAUGAGAUUGGACCAGACAUUGAAGAUCGUCAUCUUAUUGUGUCCUGUGCGGCAGGUGUCACCAUCAGCUCUAUAGAGAAGAAGCUGCAGCUGUAUUGUGCUUUUCCCAAGGUAAUGCGCUGCAUGACAAACACUCCAGUAGUGGUGCGUGAGGGGGCCACCGUGUACGCCACAGGCACCCAUGCAAAAGUAGAGGAGGGAAAGCUUCUGGAGCAGCUGAUGGCCAGUGUAGGAUACUGCACUGAGGUAGAGGAGGACCUGAUUGAUGCCGUCACCGGUCUCAGCGGCAGUGGUCCUGCUUACGCAUUUACAGCUGUAGAUGCCCUUGCUGAUGGUGGAGUGAAAAUGGGCCUGCCCAGAAGACUGGCUGUUCGCCUCGGAGCCCAAGCCCUGCUGGGGGCUGCUAAAAUGCUUUUAGACUCAGAGCAACACCCUGGCCAGCUCAAGGACAAUGUGUGUUCACCAGGGGGCGCCACCAUCCACGCCCUGCAUGUCAUGGAGAGUGGUGGCUUCCGCAGCCUCCUCAUCAAUGCUGUAGAGGCUUCCUGUAUUAGGACUAAGGAACUUCAGUUUUUGGCAGACCAAGAGAAAAUAUCCUCCGCUGCCAUUAAGAAGACAACUCUGGACCAAGUGUUGCAGCAGCCAGGAGUGAUUCCAGAGGGUGUCGAAGUCAGAUCUCAUGGGAUCAGUAUGUUCCACAGCAAUAACCCUAGGACCAGAAAGAAGUGAUUUAUUGUCAAGCUUUGAAACAGCCCAUUUGAUAUGCUCUGAAUUGUAUGCUGUGAAUUAACCACUACUGGCAGAUGGUGUGGGAACAAAAGAGAACCUUUGGGAUAUGUUUUGAUAAUAAAACAUCUAUAUUUGGGACGACGCUGUAAAAACA